GAUUAAUCAGAUAAGAUUAUAUAGGUGGAAAUUUAUAUAUUAAUUAUUGAGCCGAGAAUGGUUUAUGCACUUCUUUAAGUAAAAAUCGAUUUGACUGGAAAAAACUUCUUGCUUACUAUGGCUUCUGAUAAUGACUCCGAUAAAGGCCAUGACUCUGAUAAUGGACUAGAUGUCAGCGAGAUGCUGGCUGUCGAUUAUUCGUAUGAAGACAUGGAAUUAGACUAUGAAAAUUCGAUGCCACUCUCAAGUGAUGAGCAACCUAAGAAAAAACGUGCGAUUGAACCUAAUAAUAUUAAGAAACCGUUAACUCAAAAAGACCCCGUGGUAUUUGAUUUAAACUUUUCAGGCGACCCUAGAAAGGCACCAAAGCUAGCUCAGAAGAUUCGAAGACAUAUUGAAAAUGAAAUGGAUAUUGCCAUGGCUGACGACAAUCUAAAACUGCAAAUUCGCAUUUUAAAGUGGGAAAUUAAAUCAGCUGGCUUAUGGAUUGUUCCAGCAAAUAAGGACACACACAAAUGGUUAAUAAAUUGCAAGCCUUAUGUGGAAGGUGACAUUAUUAUCAAACCUAUUUCAUCUAAAAAAUUUCGAAAGCCGCAAAAAAUUACAUUUAAAAUAAGAAAAGAAGUAUUAAACCUUCCGGAUAUAAAAAAACGUCUUUCACAACAAAAUCGCAAUCUUCAAAUAUCGCUCUGGAAAUUUUAUAUGAAGGCAAGAGAUCAAGCCGGAAAUCUUAUUUUUGAAUGUGAUAUUCCUGAUAUGGAUUUAAAAGUGAUCAAAGAGACUAAGUCGAAUGUCGCGGCAAGCCUCGAUGAAGAUACUGCCGCUAUAGGGGUGUUGUUUUAUAAAUUGGAUUGCAUCCCUGUCAAAUAUCUACAAGAUUCUUAAAAAAUAUCCAGAAUUGUUAAAAUAUUCACUUAAACGUUGUUACUAUUAUAACAAUUAGCUUACAUUUGAAUGCACAUAAUAUUUCUUAAAUAGCGCAUUUUUUUCAUAUAAUUUAUGUAAACGCUCUAUUUCAUUUAUGUAAAAAUGUCAUAUAUUUCUAAUAAUAAUCAAAUUUUUUAUUAGGUUUUGUUUCAUAAAUUCAAAUAAAUAAAAGCCUGUGAAACAUAA